AUGGUUCGGGUCCACAACGAGCCCGACGAACCCGACUCUCUCGCCGCCCACCGCCGCCGUCCUCAUCCUCAACCCUCCUCCUUCGGCUUCACUCACGACGACUCCCCCCCCGGAUUCUCUCUCUCAUCAGAACCUCCAGGCCCUGGAAGCCGCAAAAGGCAGUUCUCCGCCCCUUCUCCUCCUCACUAUUACGCGGAUGAUGCCGGUGGCCCCUCACCGUGGCCCAUGGCCGGACCCGGCCCCAGGAUUGUAAAACUAUAUGUCGCCGGAAUUCCAAAAGACACCACUGAAGAAGAUAUUCGAGUGCCUUUUGAGGAACACGGGAAUGUCGUUGAGGUUGUCUUUAUCAAGUCCAAAAAGAAUGGCGAACAACUAGAUUGUUGUUUUGUCAAGUAUGCGACAUUGGAGGAAGCUGAUCGAGCCAUUGGAGCAUUAAACGACAGAUAUACGUUUCCUGGGUCAUUGUAUCCUGUUAAAGUCAGAUAUGCUGAUAAGGAAAAGGAACGCCUUGGCACUUUUGGCCAACAUUUUUUCAAACUGUACGUUGGUGGUUUGAACAAGCAAGCGACUCAAAGAGAAAUUGCUGAGAUAUUCUCUCCAUUCGGUGUUGUGGAAGAGGUUUUUAUUAUUCGAAGUGAAACGAGACAACAUCGCGGAUGUGCCUUUGUUCAGUUCUCGCGAAGAGAUAUGGCACUUGCUGCAAUCAAUUCCUUGCAUGGUAGCUACAUUAUGAGGAAGCCUAAAGGUGGAGGUUCAAGACCAGCAUCAAAUUCCAGCGAUCAGUUUCCGGUGGUUCCUAAUGAUUCUUAUUUAUCACCAAACAAACGAUGCAAGCCUCCGUUAGCAUGUAGCAAUUCAUCAGAAUGCGGGCUCCAUUCAUCCAAUUCAUUGCCUUCUGUGGUAUUUUCAAAUGCUGCAGAGACAAGAGAUUCCUGGGAUUGUGACUGGAGUGAACACAUAUGUCCUGAUGGAUACCCAUACUAUUACAAUUGUGUAACAUGCGAGAGCAUGUGGGAGAAACCUGAGGAGUAUGCACUCUUUGAGAGUCAGCUUCUAAAGUUGGAGCAGCAGCGUCAACAAAUUUCACGUCCUGAGGUCCUCUCAACAACAGAAGUUUCUCCUCAAUGAUGCCAGAGUAUAUGUCCUUUUGACUAAAAUUUUUAACAUAGUCCUAUGUGGGGAAGAUUUCAGAUCAGAUCAAUUCCAUUUUGAUGCUAAAUCAUUCAGUCUUUUACUGUUACUGUCAAUCAACCAUGACUUGCUACAUCUCAACUCCACAGCUGGCUUUCGAUAAGGAAAAGUAAAGUAUUAAGCCUAGGAGUAUGUUCUUUGAUUGGCAGCUUUGCACUGUUGUGAUCCUGCCCUUUGGAGGAAACAAGCAUCAGUCAGUCUUAGGGUGAUACAGUUGCAUCAUUUAGAAAAUCCCUAUUAUAGGUUCAUCCAAUCAUCUGAUGUUCCUGGCUAGAUCCUCUUGAUUUGUUCAAAAAUACUCAGUUGUUUGAAAUUAUGCGGCUGGUAUUGUUAGUUAGUUUAAAUUCUCUACUUCAAACAUAUUCAAGCUAAGAGCUUCUAUUUAUGAUUGUUCCGGUUUGGAUUUUUACAAUCAUACUAAAAGCGAAAUUGGACAGUUAUAGGGACCGGAAAGCGUGAG